GUCGACUUUGCGCAAGCGCAACAGUCGCACGUGUUGUUUUGGACCUGGAAGUGGAUUUGGCAAAAAAUAGCUAGUAGAUAUUCAUAUUUGAAUAGCUUCACUACGAUGUUUACGUUGUUUAUCGUCUCGAGGUUUCUUGUCUAGGUGCCUGCUCUGACUCCUAGUCGCUGCUAUUAGCUGUUGCCCAAAUCAAGCGACAGAAAACAGCUAAAGUUUAAAGAAAGCUAACUAGCCUACUAGCUUAGCACUCUGUCGUUGCAGCAUGGCAGCUGUACUGGAACUGAUCGCUGGGAGCUACGAGCAGAUAGCCUUUGGUUACCGAAUAAAAACUGACCAAAAGGAAUGGACAACCGAGGCGGACUUCACACAUCACGCCCACACAGCUUCCAUAUCGGCUGCGGCCGCCAGCGAGAGGUUUAUUGCCACAGGAAGCAAAGAUGAGACGAUCCAGCUGUACGACAUGAAGAAGAGGACGGAGCACGGAGCUCUGCUGCAUCAUGACGGCACCAUCACCUGCCUGGAGUUUUAUGGGACUUCUCAUUUACUGAGCGGAGGAGAAGAUGGACUCAUUUGUGUGUGGAGCAGAAAGAAGUGGCAGUGUCUGAAAUCCAUCAAAGCUCACCAAGGUCAUGUCACAUCGCUGUCCGUACAUCCGUCUGGGAAACUUGCACUUUCAGUUGGGACAGAUAAGACUCUCAGAACGUGGAAUCUAACUAACGGAAGAUCGGCUUUCAUCAAAAACAUAAAGCAGAAUGCGCACAUUGUCAGGUGGUCUCCAGCCGGGGAUAAAUAUGUGGCCGUGGUGAAUGACAGAGUGAACAUCUACGACCUGGAGACAGCCUCUGUGAUAGGAACGGUCACAAACCCCAAGAGGAUCUCGUCCAUUAAGUUCUUAAAUAACUCCGUCCUGGCCGUCGCAGGAGACGAUGAAUUUGUGAGGAUUUGUGAUUUGGGAAAAGAGAAAUGGGUGUGUGAGUUUAAGGCUCAUGAAACCAGAGUGAAAGCGAUUGACAGUUUCAUGAUGGAGGAUUACUGCGUGCUGGUAACGGCUUCCAACGACGGAUUCAUCAAAAUGUGGAAACUCCAUCUAAAAGAGGAGCUGGAGUCUCCCACUCUCCUCGGGGAAGUGAACACAACAGCCAGACUGACGUGCCUGGCUGUGUGGAGACCUUCAUCAGUGCAGGAGACUGCUGAGGAACCUGCAGCUGCGGCGACAACAUCUAAAGAACUCAUUAAGGAGCUUUCAAAGAUGAAGAGAGUCCGAAUUGCAGCAGAAGAAGUUAUUCUAGAAGACGAGAGCAAGCCCAAAAAGAAGAAAAAGGGCGGUGGUAAAUAAAAUGUAAACAUAAUCAAUCUCUUUUAUCGUUCAUGGACUUACAUGGUCACUUAUGUGUUUUUUUGUGGUUGCCACAAAGGUCUUACAGUACAGAUUUUGUGAAAUAUAUUUAGCAUUGAAAAGAAGAGAAAUGACAACGGAACAUGAGAUGGGCAACAAUAAAAAAUAUUUUAUAAUCCAUAGGCUGCUUUUGAUUUUGAGCUAUAUGAUCAAACCCAUUUACUCACAGUUACCACACCUGCUGAUGUUAGUCAGACUCCCAGCACCUCUCUCAUUUCUUUAGAUUUUGAACUGGAUCAGACUUGUUCACAGGAAAGAACUUCACUGUCAGCUUCACACAACUUCAGGGAUUUAAGAGAAGACCUGUUGCUCACACAUGUUACUUGGAGUUGCCAGUCAGUAAAACAACCCAGAAUUUCAACAUGAAAUGAACCAAGUUUUAGAAAGCAACGUGUGGGUAAUGGACAUUGUCUAAGCUACAAAGGUUUUAGCCAACAGGAACUGGACUGCCAUCAGAGGUUCACGCUUUAACCAUUUCUUAGAGCCGCAGCAUACAUGUUUAAAUUGACCCUUUGGUCUGACCAACAGUUGUUAAACCCAAAGGUACUCAGUUUAUUACCAUCAAGCACAUGUAAUCAUAUUUGUUUUUGAUAAAUCAUUUCAGUACAGUGAGGCCUGUACUUGAAGAUAUUUCCAGAUGCACUAUUAUUAUCGGUGUGGAAACUCAGGAAGUGUUUUACAUUGAGGAAGUCAAAGGGUAUUAAAGGUUAGUGGCAGAAUGCAAAGAAAGCUUAGUCACAUACUUGUAGAUCUACAGAAGUAAAUGUCAGUGUGGGUCUCCUGAAUGCCAAAAGAGGAAUGGAAACCAGAGAGGUGCCCGUUGGCUUGUCUCUGAGGCGUAAUGUCUGAGGGCUUUAAGACACCGUGUGUAUGUGUGUGUAAUGUCUGUAGCUUUUCCCACCACAUGCAAUGUCCCCAUUGUAUUAAUACACCAAUGCUAUUUCACAGUAGCAAAGCAGAAAUCACUAGAUGGCAGCAAAGCACUCCUCUAGCUGUCAGCUCGUUGUACCUUCACAGCAGAUUCUCUAAACUCUGCACUCAUAAACACCAUCAACUCCUGAUCUCAUGUUUUAUCUUCCUGCUGCUGUCCAUAACAGAGUAAAACACUCAUGCAUCAUGA